UGUGGUUUGGAACCCAUGUGCAGGCGUACCAUAGAAAGCAAAACAAAUGCUACAAAUUGCAUAAGACAAUAUAAUACGCAAUAAUGAUGACUGCAUAUUAUUAAUUAAUAUUGUAAUAAUGAACCGCAACUUUAUAAUAUAUAACAGCUGAUAAUGAUGCGUAUUUCUACUAGCAGUACUAUAGGAUAAUAACAGUGGUUGUCAUUGACUGUUGUGGUUGUCAGGGAUGGACGGGGUCCGGUGGGCGUUCCGCUGCGGUUCGUGGGUACCGACCCGUUCCGAGUGGACCCUGGCGGCCCGGUGCGUUCAGCAGGAGGAGAAAGAACGGAUCGCGCAGUUCGUGUUCGCCAAAGAUGCUAAAUCCGCCAUGGCUGGUCGUCUGCUGAUCAGAAAGCUGGUGUGUGAGAAGAUGGGUUUUGCAUGGGACGGGUUUCGGCUGGAAAGAACAGCGCGGGGGAAACCGUUCUUGCCACGGACCUCAUCCACCCCCGGCGUCACCCACUGGAACUUCAACGUGUCCCAUCAGGGAGAUUACGCCGUGCUGGCAGCAGAACCGGGAGGCCAGGUGGGCGUAGACGUGAUGAAGACCAGCAGACCAGGCAGCAGCUCCGUACAGGAGUUUUUCCGGAUCAUGAAUCGUCAGUUCACGUAUCUGGAGUGGAUGAACAUCCGGAAGGCCGGAUCGGACUGGGACCAACUGGACAUGUUUUAUAGGCACUGGGCGCUAAAGGAGAGCUUCAUCAAAGCGAUUGGCACAGGGCUGGGCUUCGAUCUGCAGAGGGUGGAGUUUCACAUCUCGCCCAAUCAGAUGCGAGAGGGGCAAGUGUACCCGCAGACACAGAUGUACCUGGACAAUGAAGUAGAGCACUGGACAUUUGAGGUGUGUCUUAUAUACCAGCAUUACUAACUAUUCAUUCAGCACACAGGUUCAUCCUCUCAGGCCAUGAGACAGCCGGAUAUGUGUGUGUGUGUGUGUUUCUCAUGGUCUCUGUGUCUGUCAGAGCGUGUGAACGUGACACAGAUCACAGACGCUUCUCGCUUCCUAGAUAGAGCUCACGUUCUUCAUUCCUCUGGA